CCUUGACCUGUCUGUCCUCCCUGGACUGACCUAUCCCCUCCCUACCUCCCCACCUACACUCACCUUUACUGGCUCCGUCCCCACUUCUUUGACUGGUCUGUCUCCUCUCCACCUAUCUUCUCCUCUAUCCAUCUUCCAUCUGCCUCCCCCUCUCGCCCUAUUUAUUUCAGAAACCCCUCCCUAACUCCCCCAUUUCUGAAGAAGGGUUUAGACCCAAAACGUCAGCCAUCAUGGUCCUCUGAUGCUGCUUGGCCUGCCUUGUUCGUCCAGAUCCACACCUUGUUAUCUCAGAAGAUUUCUUGAAAUGCUCCUAAGAUUCUCGGUUGUCGGAAGGGAGGUAGUGGAGAGGGAUCAGUUGAAUGGUGCACUGGGGGCUGAAUGACCUUCAUCUGGGAAUCAUCUGCAGCCAAUUUAAAAAGCCUCCCCUUCCCAGAUCGCACCGCCAUCUGCCCUAUGGCCAACACAACGUCGCAGAAGCACAAGAAUUUUGUGGUGGAGCCUAUGAAGGAGAAGUCUGUGAAAGAGCUGGCAGGAAUCGGCCUGGUUCUGGGAGGGCGGCUGGAGGAGAAAGGCUUCACCAAGGCUAAAGAUGUCUUGGGCCAGUUCCUGCUUCUCAAACAAGACAAAGCAGCUUUCAAGUCCUGGAUGAGGCAAGUGUGCUUCGCGGGCAACAGGCAAUCGGAAGACUGUUAUCGCUGUCUCAGAGAGUGGUGCGAUGCCUUCCUCUAAAGCCUUCUCUUCCCUCUUCCACACACCAGGUUCCUGGCUAAAUGACAGUAACGCUUACCUCAAAUAAACCUUAAUUUGCUAUUUAUUGAUUGUUUGCAGCCCUAGGUCAUCAGGGCUGUUCCAGAUUUUAUGCUGUUUUGAAAAACUGAUUUUUUAAUAAAACAUGGAUAAGAUGCCA